AGAGGGGAAGCCAAGGUUGGGCAAUAGCAGUUAAGCAUGUCGUGUUUGACGUUUUGAGAAGGAGGAAGUAGGAAUUACAUGACGUCUGUGUCCUGGAUGUGCCGGGGGGCUAAAACUAAAGUACAGUGUGAGAUACGUAUUAAAUAUGAGUGGAGUGAGUUAAGAGUGUUGAAACUGUGGAUAAUGGAAGUCCCCCCUUCAUGAGCCCUUUUCCCUGAGAUACAGACUCUUCUCUCAGGAAACAAGGUCAAGAAACAGUUUUGGGAAGCUUGUGAGCCCCUCUGCAUUAAAUAUAAGCCCCCUCUGAUGCAGUGUAUUAUGCACAUCCUGUAGUGAUCCCAUAUAUGCUCAUCGUCCACUGUCGUAAUAUGAAUGCUCUCGAAUUUCCCUUAUUCCUCAAUUUCCUUGAUUCCGCCCUCCAUCAGGGCAUUAUAUAGGGGCCCUGCACUCCCGCCCAUCUGCACCACAGCAAACUCAGAAAACUGAAAACUUUACAGCAACAACUUCCCUGCAGAAACACCAUGAGCCCUCUCCUCAUUGCUGCUCUUCUCUGUUCCCUCCUGGCCGUGUCCACCUCAGCUCCGGUCCAGUUCAGCCCUCAGGAUGGUUUCUCUCAGCACGUGGAGCUCGCCAAGAGCUUAACCAAGAAGCUGCUCAGUGAAAUUCCCACAGUGCAUCACUCCUGUGUUGGCGCUGAGGGUCUCAGUCUGGAACCGUCUGCUGAAGCGAAGAAUCUGGAGUAUAUAAUGGCAGCGCUGGCCAUUCCUGCGGCCCCCCGACUCGCCCCCAUCUCAGAGACACACACUCCGGCAAUGAGUUUGGGCCGAAUCUCUGAAGGCCUGCAGCUGCACCAGCAUCUCCUCCAGGAAGUGAAGGAAAAGCUGAAAUGCUCAGAAAAACUGACCCCUCUCCUGGCGGACCUCAGAGACCUGUCUGCUCAGGUGCACAAGGUGCAGCAGCUGGCCCAGUUGACCCCGUCAGAACCACAAGUCCAGUCGUCCUCCCUCUCCUCCCGUCUGACUGGUGAUUACGAGGUCCAGGUGGCCACUCACCUCAUCCUGCAGCAGCUCCGGAGUUUUGGACAGGACGUUUUCCGCAGCUUGCGACACAUCCUCACACACUCUGCACUCGGAGCCUGA